AUGUCGUCCGUUCAGCUCAAGUUCUCUCUUCGGACCUCCUCCAAUGUUAAGACCGUCCACCUGGUCGGUUCGUGGGACAACUACUCCCGCCAGAUCCCCCUCUCGCGCGAUGAGAACAAGUCUGGCUCGUGGGUGGGCAAGUUCCGCUUCCAGACUUCCAUGCUCAAGCUGGGUGGCCGGUACUGGUACUAUUAUAUCAUGGAUGGCUAUCACGUCUCCCAUGACCCUGCUGUUGAAUAUACGGUGGAGCCCACCACUGGCCGCAAGCUCAACAUCCUGGAUGUUCCCGGCGGCAAGUCCUCCAGCUCUUCCUCGGCUCCUAGCAAGAGCCACCGUCGCACCUCGGCGGCCUCGGAUGUGGUCAAGGGCCGAGCUCUCUCGCCAUCUAAGAUCCAGCACCCCAAGCCCUCCAAGCCCUACGCCUCUCGCCAGAUCCGGGAGACCGACUUUGUCGGUGGGCCCCCCACCAUGGACGAUCUGACCCGGCGGUUUGCGGGAUCCCGUCUCUCGGACGAGUACUCCCUCUCCAACAGCCCGCCCAGCUCUGCGGGCAGCUCGCUGUCGUCCCGCUCCUCGGGCAGUACCUCCCCCUCGUCGCUCAGUUCCAUGAGUGACCCACCGACCCCGAUCUGCCGGUGUGAGCGCUAUGGGAUCACCCGCAAGGGAGACCGUGUCAAGCUCGACUGUGGAGGCAGUCGCUGCGGGUAUGUGACCGAGUCCUCGGAGGCGAGUUGCUCCGAGUCGGAGGACAGUGAUGAGGAGUACAGACGGGCCCGGAGUGCCGUCAGAAGGCAGGGAAUUGUUGUCCGGAGAUAA